UUGGCUAGUGCCCCGCGGCCGGGCUCUUCUCUCCGGCCGCGGUUCCUCCCCGCAAUCCGUCUCCCCCUUCCUGAUCCGACGAGGUUAUCACGGCGGAGUUCUGAACAAGCCAAGGGGAUUCGAUCGUCUCAUACGAAUUCAGAGACGCUCGUUUUGGACAACGGUGCAAUAGAGCGGAGUGGUCCAGCUACAAUUCGGCGUGCAUUGACUUGGGAUUGAUCCGUGUGGGGGGCGACCGAUGGCGUCGUCCUCCUCCUCUCUGUCGUCGGCGCUGAGCUCGAUGGAGCUGAUGCUGGACGCGCUCAGGCAGAGAGGGAUAGGCAAGCUCGAAGACAAGCCCAAGGAGGAGGAGCCGCCGGCGCUGCCCACGCGCCCCACCGUCAGGGGCCGGCCUCCUUCCAUCCACAGGCCCGCCUCCGACGCGCCGUGGAGUCAGCGCCCACCGCUCGCCCCGCUCCCCCCACCGCCGGAGGAAGAAGAAGCGAGGGAGGCGGAGAGGCGUGCGGUGGAGCUGGAGCUGGAGAGAAGGGCUGUGCGGGCGGAGGAGGAGGCCAAGCAGAAGGACGACGACGUGAGGCUCAAGGAGGAGGAGAUCGCCGGGCUGAGGCAGCAGGUGGAGCUCUACGAGGCCCGGCUCGCCGAGUGGGAGGCCAAGAUGAAGGCCGUGGAGGAGGAGCUGCAGAGGCAGACCGCCGCGCUGCAGAUGUCUCAGGCUGCUGCCGCUGCUGCGGCGGCCAGAGCAGAAAUCGGUUCCACGAGCCACCGCCGGGAGCCAACCUUAUCCGACGGCGUUGCGCAGGCCGAGCGAGCUCCGGCGCCCACGAGGGCGGAGGAAGCGGCCGUGAAGCGGGGCGAGAGCCUGUUUCGAGGAGCGUCCGUGAAGCCCCAGCAGCAGCAGCCCGCCGUCGCCACCGUCCUUAGCUCGAACUCGAAGCCGAGCCACGCGGAGCACCACCUCGCGACCGAGUACGCGCGGGAGACCCAGGCGUUCGAGCACGCCGCGAGGGCGGUGGCCGAGGUGAAGCCGGGCACCAUGUCCGUCGACGAGCUCAAGAUGCUGAGGCGGCAGUUCGCCGCCUGGAAGAAGGAGUACGAGGCGCGGCUGCGCAAGACAAACGCGGAGCUCAAGAAGCGCGUCCACUCGGAGAAGAGCCACGACCAGCAGCCUGCCCACGGCGGCCGGCGCCGGUGGUGCGGCUGGUGGAGGACGAUCAAGGCGCCGAAGUUCAGGGCCCCCAAGAGGUGCUGCACUUGCGCCUGCGCCAUGAAGUUGCCUAGCUUUCCCUCGUGCAAGUUCCCUAGCCUCCCCUCGUGCAAGUUCCCUAGCCUUCCCUCGUGUUCCUUCUCUUGCUGCUGCUUUCGCCGCCGCCGAUAGUCACGCAGAUGCUGCUGGACCGCCGCUCGUGUUGUACAUGAAUGAAAGCAAAAUUGCAGUGACCAACGUACAUGGCAAGAUGAAGAUGAAACGGAAGAGUUUUCCUGACUUAAUGUGUGGUGUAUGUUGUUGGUGUGAAGUGCUGACCUAGAUGACCUGCUGCGAAAUUUCUGAAUCUCUGAUG